CGAACAACGUCGACAGCGACGCCAACUCCAGUAGUGUUUCUUCAGACCGAGGUUGGGGUUGGAUUGAGGAGUUAGCUCCUCACAAAAGCAAAACGAUCUGGAGGCGAGACACAGUAUCUUUCAAAUCUAAUAAAAAGCAGGAGGGGGAUGCGCUUAAUGAUGAAUGAGCACACACUCCUCAUAUCUCGCCAUCCUGAAGCUCGUCAGAUUGUCAUUGUACCCAUUGUUUGACCUGCACAGACGUACACGCCCUGCGAUCGCUCAGGGAGAUACUCCACACGUCAAUCGGAAACUCUGUCAUGUAGGCAGUGCUAGGGUGGAUUGAUCUGCGCGAGUGUUUGGAUCGAGUUCCGGGAGUGAAGAAGGUUAAUGCUUCGCAAUUAGUGGGAGAACACGUCAACGUGAGGGAGGAGGACAUUUUCAGUUAUGUUGUUUGUUGUUGAGCGCAUGGACGUUUGAGCGUGUUCGAGUGCUUAAGAUAGGGGUUACUGUUUCCAGAGGCGAUGAGGACCAUGAUUUGUGCGUCGCGACGGAUUGUUUAAGUUUUGGUGUGUAUUACAUUGGAUGUGUUUGGUCGUGGUGCAUUGUGGUGGAUUUUAGGGAACUAUAUAUGGAGUCAGUUGUAGCUCUGCUUGUAGAGAAAAUGGUGAGUACGUGUGAUUCAGUUGAGGGACUGCUGUGAUUGUUUGUAGUUUAGGAGUGAACAUUUCGAGUAGACAGAUUGUGUGGUGGUGCCUAUAUUAGGGUGAAUUUGAGAGACGGUGCGUGCUAUUGUGUGGUGUAGGUUCAAGUGGUUUAGUUUUUGGUUAAUGAGUUUUUUUGCGUCGGUCUCUACUUAAUUUAGUAGGACUUUACCGAAGGAUCCAUGAUUGCGGGUCCGAGUGUAAAUUGCUUGGGAGAUUUGGGGGUAUGCUUCUGAACUCGGAAGUCAUUGAGAUCGAGUAUCAGAGGGUAGUAGGAGAUGGGUUUCGUAGAUUCUGUGCAUAAUGCACACGUUUGCGUCUGAAUCAGCCCCGCCAUGAUAGUGCAUCAUGUAGGAAGGAAUUGAAGCUUGAUACAGGAGAGUUUAUGAAUAGGGGCUUGUUGAGGUAGAGGUGGCAUUGAUGGGGUCUUGGAAAUCGAGCGGCUAUGGCUGUUUCGUAAUCAACAGUGGAUUGCAACAGUACAGAGUCAAGGCCAUGCUGAGGGUGCUUAUUAAUGCACAAAUCACGGGGAAGGGUUGUAGGGCUUUACGGCAGUUGCCUGCCACAGUUUAUGACAGACUACAGAGCUCAUCGCAUGACAUUGCUCAUUUGUGCAUUGAGCUUGACAACGCAUUGGUGGUUAACGACGUGAAUUCUUGCCAAGAGGCGCUAUCGAAAUCGGCUCAGAGUCUGUGUGAAUGCAAUAACACUAACCAUCAGCUGAAUCGUAAGGCCUUUGUGCUGUUUGGAGGGGACAUCCUGCUCCUCAGGGCUCUGUUUCUGAAAUUCCCAUCACCAGCGGACGUUGAGAAGCUGAGCUUUACGGUGAAGGUGCUGUACAUCCGGAACGAAUGUUUGAGUAUCUUGCGUGAGCUUUGCCUGACGGUGCAUUCCUUCAUCGAGUACUUGGCUGCUGAUGACGUUUUCGUAGUGAAGCUCUUUGACAUGAUGCGCCUCCACAAUACGUUCGAUAAUGCUGUUAAUCUUGCAGAAGAGGUUCUGGCAAUUCGACAAGACACGUGGCCAGUGCAGGGUGUUCCGAAUCUUACAAGUUUAGUCUCAAAUUUCUCCUCAAGGCAGCUAGCUUCAUUUUGCCGUGUUCUUGCGAUGGUGGUCUUUGAACCUGAGGCAGGGAAUGCAUGGUUGGGCCAGGAGCAGAGUUCUGAAAGUUGCAUGCAACAGAAAUCAAGGAUCGAGGAGCCAGAAUGGACGACGACUGACAAAAACCAUGAAGCCAUUCUACUCAUCCCAAACAUUCUUUCACGCCUAGUGAAACUCCUCGCAUUGGACAUAAUGUCCAUUAGUCGAGAGGCUAAUCUUUUAUCCGAACCCUCUGAGGUAGCGGUCGCAGUGCCAAUGCGAAGCACAUUAGAAAGGAUGUACAAUGCAUUCCGUGUGACUCGAGGUCAACUUCUUGACGAGACAGGGGCUGUUAUUCCACAGCUGGAGGGUCUUCAGGAAUCCGACCCUGCUUCUCAUCUCCAACAAGAGAGGACAGGUCUAAAUUCUGCUGAUGAGAGGAUCUUGGAUUGGAGCAUCAUAACAUAUCUGGAUCGCACUGGUCUCUCCACCAGCGUUGUACAACUAGCCGCAUCUCAUCACGUGGAAGUGCUCUUUGUGUUGUGCGCCUUGUGCGGUGGUAAGAAAAGAGAGCAGGUGCAAAAUUCUUUGGCAGAGCUAGGGCUGGUGAGUGUGUUGGAUGAUAUGUUCGACAAGUUGGACUGGGUACCAACACAGCCACGAGCUCACUCUCGAGGAAUUCAUGGUCUUAUUUGUGCGUGCAGUCCGAAGUCGGCCCUCAAAAUUCAAUAUCUUAGGUUAAUUCACAACUUCUGUGAUCGUGACAGCUGCAAUAGGACGAACAAGCAACUAUUGUUGGUCCCAAGUGUCUCCAAGGAAAGCAACUCGUGUUGGACUGACGGUGCUGAAAUCAAGGGCUCAAAUGGUCUUAUAGUGAAGGUACUGAAGAUAUUGGUGGAUGGACCGGGAGAUUCACUUUAUCGGUGCUGGCUUGCUUCAUGUGUGGAAGCCUUUCUGCGAGGUGCUGAUCCUAAGGAUCAAGAAACUGUAGCAUCAACUGGUCUGAUGGAACAUUUACUACGGGAAAUUUUGAAAGGAGGUUUCCGAUGUGCUUCUACUCUACAGAUUAACUUCGAUCUUUUGGGAGAGCUUAUUAAGUUCAACAAAAGCUUAUUUCAGCGCCUUGACGGACUUCUAGUGGGAGACGCAUUUGACCAGUUUGUAGAGGUCUUGGUUACAAACCUAGUAGAUUCAAACGUGUUUAUUCGAUCUGUGGUGCUAUCUCUGAAUUGCCUCAAGCGGACCGACGUAUUGACUACAGACCUUAGUCCAAAUCUAUAUCCGUGCUCUUUGAAGGAAAAAAGUAUGAGGAAAGAUCGCUACAUUUAUGAAAGUAAGCAGGAUGAAAACUACAACAAGAUUGCUGCCUUUAUCUCGCACAAUACCUUACGGUUGCUGAGAGACCUCAUGUGCGCUGUGCGGCUUAAUGACAUCAACCAGGAUAAUAUAUGCGUUGUGAAUACGGCCUUGAUCAUAUUUAUAUCUGUGGAGAAGAACGGAGAACUCUUGGCAUAUCUUCAAGGAAUAAGGGCUGCUGACAGGAGAGUUCUUAAUAAUUUCCGAUCACUUCUUGAGUUUUGGCGCAGCUACUAUCUCACGAAACGAGGGCGUGAAUGUGUUUCUCUUCAAUAUUCUACCCAACUACCUUUUUCAGCCUGGCUUCACAUUGUGGACUUGCUUUGUUCCCAUCCUGAUUCCCCCUACUCCCUUCUUUACGCUUCCUCAGUUGACCUGCAGGAUGACCAGUAUGAUUGGAAGUGAAAUCUCUCCGAGAUAUAUUCUUAGAUAAUUGUCAUUGUUUCAUGUUAUGUGUAGUUACUUGGUAUCCCGUAGCAUUUUAAUUAUGGCUAAUUAUACUUUGUGAAGAUCAUUUUCUUUUCGAGGAUGAAAAGUUGCUAUACGCUGUAAGUGAAGAACAGAGCCACGUUCUCAUGUCACGAGAAUUGUACGAAGUACAUCACCAGGAUCUGACUUAAGGACAGAACGCUGAACUCUUACAUUCCUAGUCCUUCAAAUCUGUACAUAACGCACCGUACUAUCUUCGUCUGAAUUUCGUUGAAGACGACGCGUAAGGUGAGGGGGGUGGUCUAAAGGGGAAAUUUAUCAAGAGUCGCCGAGAUUGUGUACUGGAUGUAAUUUGGCUUGUGUGAAGUUGUUAGGAAGUAGCUAUCUGUUGAGCCUUGUUGAAAACGGAAGUGUUUUUUACAUUGUGACAAUGUCGUACUUUCAUUACACGUUGAACACGCAAUGGUAUACUUGGAAUUUGUGUCGACUA